AUGGAAGAACUCCUCACCCAAGUGCAGAUCUUCGCCAGCAGCGCCGACGAACCCACCCGUUCUCGGCUCAUAACAGCCCUGCACGAUCUCUCCAUCUCCCUCGAGGGACCCGAAGAGAGCAUCCAGCGAAUCGCUGUUGCACUGCAUGUCGCGAAGAUCGCGCGGGACCUGGAGCUCUUCGAGCGGCUGUCCGCGAGUCCAUCAGCUCUGUCCGUGCAGACCCUCGCCGAAGCAACCGGCGCUGAUGUCGUUCUCCUCCGCCGACUGAUGCGGUACCUCGCGUCGGAGAAGAUAGUCGACGAGACAGGCGUGGACGUCUUCGCCGCGAACAACGUCACCCGCGCGCUGGGCACGCCCCAGGGCCGCAGCUACAUCGACUGCUACUACGAGUUGAUCAUCCCGGUGUGCCACAAGCUGCCGGAGACGUUUGCGCGCACGCACUACGCGAACCCGACGGAUGCAACCAAGGUGGCGCUGCAGGACGCAUUCGACAUCGACGGCGACGUGUGGGCGUUUUUCAAGGCGUUCCCGAAAUACGGCGCCAUGUUCGACUGGCACAUGCAGAUGCAGCGCGCCGCGCUGACGGACUGGGCGCGCAUCGCGACGAUGAUGAAGGAGCGCGGCGCCGCGCGAGACGACGAGGUGGUCUUUGUCGAUAUCGGCGGAGGAAACGGGCACGAGUGUCUCCGUCUGCAGGCGGCGUAUCCGGAGCUGACUGGGAAGCUGGUCUUGCAGGAUCUCCCGGAGGUGAUUGCACGCGCACCGGAGAUUCCGGCGGCCCGAUUCUACUACAUGCGCGGUGUCUUGCAUGACUUCCCGGACCACAAGAGCCGGGAGAUCCUGCGUAACACGGCGGCGGCUAUGGGACCCGAGUCCGUCCUCCUGCUGGACGAGAUGGUCUUGCCCGACCAAGGCGUGCAUUGGAUGGCGGCAUCGAUGGACCUGCAGAUGCUGGCGUGGCUUGCGUCGCAGGAACGAACCCGCACUCAGUGGGAGGAGCUGCUCAAGUCGGCGGGGAUGGAGAUUGUCGAUGUCUAUGCACACCGGCCUAGUGCGUAUGAGAGCCUGAUUGUAGUGAGAGUAGCCAACGAGUGA